AUGCCAGAUUCAGCUAAUAGGCAGGGGCCCGUCGCUUGCCCUACUAUUAAUUUACAGGGGGGCGAGAGCCUCAUGCUCGACGCCUGUGUUGUCCCUGAUCGCGAGACAGUGCCUGAUGGUCCGCUGCCGGCAUCGGGAGGUAACAGCCAUGGGGAGGUCGGCUUCGACUCCAGUUCCUUGAACUACAGCAUAGGGCUGGAUCACAUCGAAAGCCACUUGCCGCUCCUCUCUCCUACGUUUCCACAGGCAGUCUGGGAUGAAAUCCAAGUCUUGGAAGGGGCUAGCCAACAGGAUCAACCAGAACGGCUCGAUCAUAACGCUCAAACGCUUAGUCCAGGAAGGGACGAGUUUCUUGCAGAACCAAUCUCUGCCGACGUGGAACCUCUCGUGGCGCAUUUUUUGUCAAUUUCUUCGCUCCCGCGCUUCAUCCCCUCGAUUAGUGAGACAUGGUCGGCUGAUCGCCACACGAUCUGGUCUAUGGGUAACACCUUUCGGCCUCUGGAAAAUGCUAUUUACGCUUUUGUAGAUACACACUCAUCAUGUAUAGUUGGAUCUGAUCCGAUCCUAGCUCGAAAGUUUCACGAAACCUCUGCUGCUGGGGUUCAGCAAGCCUUAUGUGCACAGAUGAUGGACAGCAACCGGCUACAACAAUUGAUGGCGACAGUGCUCCUACUUACUUGGCGCGGAAUCGGCCGGCGCCUCUACGUUUGGCUGAGGCUGCUGGAUCACAAAAUCCUCUUCGCUGGCCGAGAAACCUCCAGUUCCGAUGAAGAUCAGGGGCCUGAAUCGUCAGAGAUUGCCCAUAGCCCUAGUGGCAGUGCUGAUGACGACGCGGAGUAUUCAGCAGGACGUCCCGAAGAUUGGGUGCCGUCAGAAGGCCUGCCAAUAACCUCACCGGCUGCUGCUUUCGAUAUGUUGUAUGCCAUAACCAACCAUGCACCAUUCACAUUUUAUUUGAAGACUCAACGCAUCAAGGAUAGAAUCACACUUCUGAACAGAUGGAAUCGGGCCAGAGGUUCACUUGAUGAGGAGAUUGAAGUCCUUCAGCUAGGGAAACGUAUCGAUCGCGACCUGGUCGCACAUUGGGCAAGUCGACCUGCUCUGCUAGAUAUGGGCACGGAUCCGAAUCUACUGCGCGAUGGCCUUCAACCUCAGCUGGCCCAUCGACUUGCUUCUCAGAUCCGUCUCUACCGCGCUGACUUCUUUGCGCACGUUAUCUACCUCCACAGGGUGGCCUUUCGCGUGUUUGCGAAGGAGACCAAGGUGGAAAGUGCUAUUCGUGAAGUUCUCCAGCUGGCGAGACUCGAAUGCGUGGUGACAACGACACAAUCGUCCGGCAACCGACGGGAAGACGAGGCGCCGGCAUUGACUGACACUGCCCCUGAACAAAGUCCCAAUGGGGAACCCUUAUCACCAAGCUGGCUUUGGCCAUUAUUCAUGGUCGCUGUGGAGGGCACGCGCGACGACUUUGCAAAAGUUGAGGCUGAGUUUGGUCGCAUGAUUGCAGUCACCGGUACCCUCGACCAUGCCCUCGCCCCGAGCGCUCUUUGCAUCCUCCGCGCUUUGAAUGAGCAGGUUCGGGUUGGUGGUGGUAUUGUCGACUACCGCAUGAUACAGGAUCAGUUGUUCAGUGGAAAGCUGCACAUUAUUUAG